AUGGGUUGCUUUCAGUCCAAAGAGGUCAUUGAUGAGGACAUUCCUCGUUUCGAUAAGCACAACAUGCCCCAUCCCGUCAAGGGUCUGGAGAGCGGUGCUAUUCGCUACGAAGACACAAAGCCUGGCCCAAAGCCCAUCUACUUCAACCCUUACAGUGGCCAUACCCACACACGCACCAACUCCGCAUCUUUUGAUAGCUGGAGUUCAGUAAAAUACGCCAAUGCUACAAAGUACUAUCCUCCGGGUGGUGAGCAUGGUACUUACAAGCCUAUGAAGAAAUAG